CAGAGCAAAGAUGGACAACUCGUAGCAGAAAACGGAAGAAAAAGAAAAGCAAAAGGAGUUCCAGAAAGAAAUCUAGGGCAAGCCGCACGCACGCCACCCAAAUUCCCGUAGCCCUACGCCACCAUCCGCCGCCACCGCCACCGCCGGCGGCGAGUCUCGGCGGGGGCAGAAGCGGCCGAGGAGCACCCCUUCGCCCCCCGAAUCAGGCCCCGAGGGGAAGAAUAAGAGGGGGAGAAGGGGGCAAGUCAGCCCUCCCCGUUCGAUCGGAGGCAGCAUCUCUCCCCCGGAAGGUCGCCGGCGGAGCAACCGCUGAUGCGGCGGCCAUGGCGUCGGCGGUGCUCUCGUACAUUCAAAGCCUGUGGCCGCUCUCGGCUCUCCUGAAGGAGGACGACCUGGGCGCCUCCGCGCGGCUGGUGCGGACCCUCUCCGUGCCCGAGGAGACGAAGCAGUUCGUGUUCGCGAUCCGGGAGCCCGAGACGCAGGGCUUGCUCUACAUCCUCGCGGCGCAGAACCUCUCCGAGCAGUCCGCUUUGGACGCCGGACAUCUGAUCAGGGCGGUGCGGCCCCGGGCCGUGAUCACCCAGGUCGCGCACACAGAGGUCGAGGACGUUUUGAUCGAGGAGCAGUGCCUGGCUGAAGGCGGAGCGGGCGGCGUGCCGGCGUCGCCACUACAGGUGAUUAAGCGUUGCAUCACCGAGAAGAAGAGCAAAGAUCACUAUGUGAAAUCCGCCGCUUGCCAGGUCCUCCGGGAGAUUUUUGGGGUUGGAUUCUAUGGCCACCUAUUGGCUGCCAAGAGAGCUGCGGAGGAGACAGAGUCGCAUUUUCUCUUGCUCGGCUCUCCGUAUGAGAAGAAUUGCAAUGCGGGUGGAUCGAGCAACGGAAAUAGUACGGACGAUAAUCCGGCUCCGCAAUUGCAGACUAGCUGCACUCUUCCUCAGAGUGCCAUGGAUGAUAAAUCUGGUCUCCAGUUACAGAGUAACUGCUUGCUCCCUAAGAGUGCCACAUCUGCAGUAAGCUCCCAUGUCAGGAAGAUAUGCCUUGUGGAUGAUUAUGGAGGGCAGCUCAUGAAGUCGCUAGCUCCAACUGCUAACUUGUUGUUGUCCCAAGCUAUCUCUUCCUAUGCUGUUGCGGAGUGCAGACUGUCAGAAUGUAAGCCGGCCGACAGAUACGAGCCUCCACUUUUUGCGCAGACCGUCUACCCUCUGCUCUCUGACCUUUAUGAGAUAUUUGUUCAAAUUCCGUCAAUUGGGAAGGCUAUGGCUUCUGCACAGAUGUUGCUCACUCAAGUUCACAAGGGGAAGCCAGUUUGCAGUGAAAUGUUAUCUGAUGUCUAUGUAUUUGGAAUUGCAAUAGAGGCUCUCAGAAUAUGUUUAAACAAUGCAGGAAGACGCCGCAUUAAUACUAGGGAUAAUCAUAGUUUGGAGAAAUUGGAUUUUGCAGAGCUCCCUUCUGAGGAGAAGUGCCACAUUCUUCUUGUUCAAGCUCUCAGAAGUCAACUAAGGGAGUUCGGUUCUGUGGUGGCUGUAGUUGAUGCCAGCUGCUUAGCUGGAAUAAGGAGACACUGGAACACUCCUGUUCCUUCGGAGAUCACACAAUUAGCUGGCAGUUGCUUCAAUCAUUAUGGCAACAAAAAUGAGAGCGAAAAUGAGAGUGAUAACAAUGAGGUGCCAUCGGACAGCACUGAUAAAAAGAGCUGGAUAGCUGAGAAACCUGUGGUCGCAGUUGGUGCGGGAGGAACAGCAAUUCUUGGUUUUUCAUCUUUGUCGAAAACCAUCCAGGCAUCUGCCAUUCUUAAGUUGGCUCCUUAUAAAACUCCAGUGAUCUUAAAGUAUGGCUUAAUGCAGCUGCAAAGGCAUGCCGGCGUUGUAUUAAGCAAGCUCCUCUCUCAUGGGGUUGUUAGUGCUGGUUCGAAGUCAUCUGUUUUACAGUUCACAGCUUCAGCAGAGAAGAUUCGGGCGGUGACACACACCGUAAUAUCAUCUGUAGAGAGAACUAGCUUGUUGGCGAUGCGGACAUCGUUCUACGAAAUAAUGCAAAAGAGGCAGAAGCACAACCGACCUUUCCGAAUAGCUCCUUGGGCAACAUUUAGUUUUAGCUUGGUUGCAUGUGCUGGCCUCCUGAAGCAUGGAGAUGGGAUUGAGUGUGCUGCUGAGGCCGCACCUUCUGUUCCCAUGAUUGCCUCCCUGGGCCGUGGUCUUGAGAGCUUGCGUGUCACUUCAGAGGAAACGAGGCAAACAAGGAGCCAAAAUGUGAAGGAAGCUUUGCUAACAUUGUUGCGCAGCUUAAAGAAAUCAGAAAAGUAAAGCCACAAUAAUGUACAACUGAAACUGUAUAGAUUUCAUCAUGCAAUUUUGUCAUUAGAGCGAAGCUUUCAUACCAUCUGUACAGUACAUUCUUGUUCUUACUUCUUACUGAUAUAAUGAAAUUCUCAUGGUAUGCUAUUGUGUGCACUUCUUGCUUGAGCUUAGAGAGCAUGGGAACCAGAUCGGAUCAUUUGUGUUUGAUCUUCUGCACAUAAAAAUACAGAGCAUACACAUAAUUCGAUGUUCAUGCUUUAGUAAUUUAUUGAUUCCCAGCAAGAUAGCUUGGACUGCUUGGUACAAGAUCUGAGUGAAACACUUUGUUGCUAGUAUUGUUAGAGGUAAUAUACAAACAGUAAUGCUUCUCUUUUGGAAUAUUUUCUCAUAAGCAACAUAAGAGUUGGUGAUGCAACUUAUUUUUCCUUCUGGGAUCAUAUUUGCCUUCUAUAGGCUCACAUUUCGAGAUUAACCAGGCAUAUUUUGGCAUAGAUCUUCUGUGUGUUAAUCUUGAGCCAAGGAAAAGUAGGCAGCAGCAUCAAAUUGAUAUGCAUUUAAUGAUAUACAUACUUGCAUUUAAACAUCUGUCUCACGAUUACAAAUCGAUGUGAAAAAGAAAACCAUCCCUGUGAUCUCUUCGUUGCUAUACAAAAGUGAUGGGCCUCCCCAGGUAAAACAGUCCGUUCACAUUUCUGUUCAUACUGCUGCUGUUUUAAGGGUGAGAAAAUCAGAAAUUUGGUUUGUGUAGAAAUCUGGCUGGAUUUUGUUGUCGGGGCUUUGAAGCAUCUGCUCAGAAGUCACACCUG